CAAGCACCCAGAAGUGAACAAAGCGACCCGGAAGCGGUGGUCCGACUGGAGGCAGACAGAACAUCAACCUUUUAUAUUAUAGCUGUUCUCGCAAGACAAUAUCUGCAAGCCAGGACGCAAGGAUGGCAGAGCCUCGAUUUAACAACCCGUACUUUUGGGCACCGCCGCCCUCCAUGCCAGGCCAGCUGGAUAACCUGGUCCUCAUUAACAAGAUCAAGGAGCAGCUUAUGGCGGAGAAGAUUAGACCUCUGCACCUGCCGCCUACGUCCACACCCUCUCAGCAGCCUCUGCUGGUCCCCACCUCGUCCCCGGACAGCGGCGCCCCGCACGGCAUGUCGGUGCCGAAAUCUCAGCCGCAGCAGGUGCCGGCCCACCACUCGCAGCCGCAGGGCUCCGGGCAGUCGGAAAUCGCUCUGCACUCUCGUUCCGCCUCCGGCUCUGGUCUAGAUGGAAAUCUGGACGACAAGACUUCAGUAAAGGCCAAAGGAUUAUGGGACGACUGGCACAUGAGACAACUUAGUGAGCAAUCGGGCCGGGUCAACCAUCGUUCAGGUCUUGCUCCCUCGUCUCGACCGGACAACCACAGCACCUCGGAGGCCCUGACCCCCACGACUCCGACCUCGAGCAGCCAGAACCGUUUGGGCGGCGCUCCUUCCGUGAACAUCAUCUCCGGGCUGGCCAGCGGCCCCGGCAUGGACCACAUGAAGGGCGGAGGUCUGGCCGGACUCCUGGGCCCCCCGCCAAAGGCACCUCGGGGAAGAAAGAAGAUAAAAGCCGAGAACGCAACCGGGCCUCUUCUGGUGGUGCCCUACCCCAUCCUGGCGGACCAGGGCUGCGUCACCGUGGCGCCUAAAGAGGGCAAAACCUACAGGUGCAAAGUUUGCCCGCUCACCUUCUUAACCAAGUCGGAGAUGCAGAUCCAUUCCAAGUCCCACACAGAGGCCAAACCACACAAGUGUCCCCACUGCUCCAAGACGUUCGCCAACGCCUCCUACCUGUCCCAGCACCUGCGCAUCCACCUGGGGAUCAAGCCCUACCACUGCUCCUACUGCGAGAACUCUUUCCGCCAGCUGUCGCACCUGCAGCAGCACACCAGAAUCCACACCGGCGAUCGGCCUUAUAAAUGUGCUCAUCCUGGAUGUGAAAAGGCUUUUACUCAGCUGUCUAACCUCCAGUCGCACCAGAGGCAGCACAACAAAGACAAGCCGUACAAAUGUCCUAACUGCUACCGUGCCUACUCAGACUCGGCGUCGUUGCAGAUCCACUUGUCAGCGCACGCCAUCAAGAACGCUAAGGCCUACUGCUGCAGCAUGUGCGGCCGGGCAUACACCUCAGAGACCUACCUUAUGAAGCACAUGUCCAAACACACAGUCGUGGAGCACCUAGUGAGCCACCAAUCGCCACAGAGGACCGAGUCCCCCAGCAUCCCCAUUCGGAUCUCCCUGAUCUGAGCCCCCCCCUCCCAGAGCGUCCAGCAGCGAGAUUCAUCGGCCUGGGCUCAGCCGGACCUCCUGAGGCCCUGCACCCACGUUCAUCUACAUAAGGCUUACAUUGGCGUUGUGACGGCUGACGCAAGCAUUCGGCGUUAAGAUUUUUUUAGACAGACUGCCUCCACCUGAGCCGUCUGUCAUAAAAGAAGGAAGAACAAAAAAAAAAAAAGUAGAAAUAAUAAGAGCACAGCGUUGUCUUGUGAAUGUAACAAUAUAGCUUGCCGUUAAUCCGGCGGUCCGAGCGGCAAGGAAUGCCUUGCGUCAGAUUUAGGAAGCACUUUGGUAAGCAACAUGUAAACCGUUGGAUGCACCGGCCGUUAGAUAUAUUUUAGAUACGAGUUUGUUUUCCUUUCCCCCUUUCAGUUUAGAUUGUUUAGUUCCCCUUUUUUUUCUCCAUAAAAUGGGUUUUAAAAACCUGCCAGGCGAUAUUUGGCUUUUUAAAAGUAUUGAAAAGGUGAGGAGCGGUGGGGUUUGCUAGGUGUAUUUGGAAAACAUCCAAAGAUGAUCUUAAAGCACUUUUUGGCGCUGUGGGUUUUGGCUCGAAUUGUUUUUAAUCAAGUUGGAUGGCAAAUGGCGAAAAGGGGGGGCGGGGCAGGGGGGGCGUUACCUGUGGCAGCUAAGAGUACAAAAUACAAUCUUCUGUGCUGCUCUCGGCAUUUUUCAGCACAAGUACACGGCCAUCUGGAAGUGACGACGGGCAAUCGGUCGACGACAAUUAAAGGUUUUUCUGAUUGUGUUUAGGGGGCGGAGUUACUGGCGGAAACGGAGCAACAUUCAAUGUGUUUUUCUUUUUAGUUUUCAUAUUACUUUCUUUUAGCGGCACCUUUAUCAAGAAUCGCGUUUAUGACAAGCCCCCCCCAACCUCACCAAUUCAAGUCACUCGAUCUGUGCCAUACGCGAGCUUUAGGAUCUAAAGUCAAGGCGGCGAAUCUUUAACAGUCUGUGGAGGCUUUAAAGAGCGUCCAGACGAUUAAAUUUGAAGGUUUUAGACAGACACGUCGGAGCGUAACUACUUUUGUGUUAAAAAAUAAGCUCAAAUCCCAGCUAAACUAGUGUUAUUUUUCUUUUAGAGUGGAUGAUUUUUACAUCCAACCACUGGACCAAAAUGUGAAGUUAAUGUACAGCUACUCCCACUCAGUCAACCCAUUUUUUUUUUUUUUUUUUUCUAAAAUAAGCUUUUACUCAUCUUGAAGAAACUGCAGUAUAAAUCCUACUCGGUAGGAUUGUAAGUUCACGGCGAGAUAAAUCCUCGGCCGUUUUUUCCUCUCUUUAGUAUUAUUUUUACUGUACACAGUAUUGUUUGUUGUAUUUUUUACUGUAACCUCCGAAAAGGUACUCAUAGGGUUCCCUGUAUUCUUCAGGGUACUGGGGGGGGGGUAAAAAGGUGCUGCGGCUAGUCGAUAGCUCUGAGAUGGAACUGAGAAUAAUGUAAAAUACAUAUACAGUAUAUAGUAUGUUUUCAAAAAGAAUUACGAACGUAUUACUCGAGCCACUGGCCUGAGAAACGGACAUCUACGCCAACAACAGACCCUGCCUCUUCAAGCGUACUCUUCUCUAACUCUCACUUUGUUUGAAAUAAUGGAAAAAAAAAAUGUACAUGUUGCUGUAACUGUAAAACAUGUUACUCAUUUCUAGUACCUACCUUUUGGUUUCCAUCGAUAUGUUCUGUUUGGAAUUUGUAAAAGCUCACGUAUGAAUUUACUGUAAUUAUUUUUAGUCUACCUUGUACGUUUAUUAAUAUUCAUCUUUUAUAUCAGUUCUAUACAUGUAAGCCUUAACUGUUUAAUCAUCCCAGAAUCCAUUAUUCUGUAUUGUGUUCGACAGUAUUCAGUCGUGUAAGCAUUUUAUUCUUUUGUUCUCUUGUUUUAUUCCGCAUGGAGUUCUUGAGCUGUAAUCUGUAUAACUGUUUAACCCACGUUCUCUAUGAAAAAGGUAUUCCGUAGAUUUAUUACACUUUUUUCCUGUCUUGCAUUGUGGUUUUCAUAUACAGUUUCUAGACGACUAAAUAUGCACAGCCAAGACGGAGGAGUUAAACUAAGGUUAUCAAUGUUUUAAAAAGGAAGAAAAAACAAAAGAGGAAAAAAAGCUUUGUAUCUUUACCUUGUUUAAUAAACAGACUGUUAUAAAUGAA